AUAUAUAUUUUUGAUACUAUUGCAUCAGCUUGGUCACAAAAGUCCGCUGUGGGGAACAUUGAUCCUCGUGUUGGACACACCGCUCUCCUAGCACCCGAUAAUCACACUAUAGUAAUCUUAGGUGGAUCACAAAGUUACGCACUUAAUCAGACUAUAUCAUAUCCGGUUUUUGUAUUGCUAGAUGUUAAAUCUGAACCCUUUCAAUAUUCCAGUCCUCAACCUUCUGGAAUAUCUCCUCCUCCAUUAUCAUUCCAUACGGCAACACUAUAUGAUUGUAGCAUUUGGUAA